AUGCCCCCGCAGGCUCAGUAUGUCAAGGAGCGGCCCGGCAGCGCGGACUUCCUCGAGCAGGAGAUGCCGGAGUUGGAUUCGGAUGAUGAUGAGGACAAGGGCGACAGCUUCCCGUACCUCUCCAAGAAGGAACUGCGGGAGUACCAAGGCUCGGACUUCUUUGACCCGGACAAGAUGAACAACAACUUUGAGAAGGAGGUCAGGCGCGCCCUCGCUGUGCGCAAGAUUCGUGAUGAGAAGAGCCGCGCCCGGGUUUGGUCCCAAGAGGAGAUCGCAGCAUUCAAGGCCCACAUGGAGCAAACCCAGGCCGCCCCCUUUGAUGACACCAAGGACCUGGACAAGACGGAGCGCGUGCCGGCGACCCCGACACUGCUCGAGUCGGCGGCAAACACCGCGACCUUCCGGCGGGUGGAGGAGUCCCUGGUCGGCGAAAAGGAGCAGGCCCAGCAGGCCCAGGCCAGCCAGGACCCCAGGAGGUUCCUGCCCGUGAGCUCCCGGCCCGCCCUCCGGUGGGAGCCUUGGUACUGA